AUGUUGUUUAAGGAGGAACCAACCAUUGACAACAUAAUUGUUCUCCAAAAUGCUCAAGCAGAAUUGAAAAAGUAUCUGAGCAUUGAGGAACAAUAUCGGAAGCAAAAAGCAGGAGUAAUAUGGGUUGCUGAGGGAGAUAGAAAUACUAAUUUCUUUCAUAACCAUGUCAAUGGCAAGAAGAAGAAGCUUCAAGUGAAGAGGAUCCAUAAUGGAGAUGGGGGAUUGGUUGAAGAUCAUGAUCAAAUAGCUAAUGUUGCAGUGAAUUUCUAUCAGAAGCGGUUUUCUAAAGAGACUGAUCAUACUGAUUUCUCUUUGUUAAACAAUGUACCUUAUAUGGUCACUAUGGAACGAAAUUUGGACAUUUGUAGAUAUCCAACACUAGAGGAGGUCAAGGGAGUUGUUUUUGAACUUAGUGGUGACAUUGGUAGUGUUCCAGAUGGAUUCAAUGGGCUUUCUACCAAGAGUGUUGGGAGAUCAUUUGUUAUGACAUACAUAGCAUGGAAUAUGGGAUUUGCUGAGCAUUUUAUUACUAUGGUGUGGAACCUUCUGUCAAAUAAUUGGUAUUUAGUCUUGGUUAAUGGGCAAUCUUCAGACUUUUCCAAAUCUACAAGGGGUGUCAAGCAAGGAGAUCCACUAUCUCCUACCUUGUUCAUACUAUCUGCAGAGGUAUUAUCAAGGUCCUUGAACAAGUUUUUUGAGGAUAGUUCUUUUAUUGGAUUUGGGAGACCUAAGUGGACAGAUCCUUUGAAUCAUCUAGCAUAUGCAGAUGAUACCAUCAUCUUUGCCUUAGCUCAUCAGGAUUCUUUGAUGAAGUUGAUGGUAGUCUUGGUAAAUUAUGAAAAGAUAUCAGGGCAGCUUAUUAACAAGUCCAAGAGUUCCUAUUAUAUGCAUGCUAAUGUAGCUAAUUCUUUGUUUCAAGAAGUAGGUGAUGCCACAAGAUUCGCUAAAGGUGAAUUUCCAUUUACUUACUUGGGAUGUCCUAUCUUCUACACUAGAAGGAGUAAGGAUUACUAUGAAGCACUUAUCAAGAAAGUAAAGGCAAAACGGCAUUCAUGGAAAGGCAAAUUGCUAUCAUAUGGAAGCAAGGCUACACUCAUUACUAGUGAUGUGGAGCAUGAAAUAUGGUGGGAGAUGCAAAGGGGUUCUACCAAUGUUCGACAUGAAAAUUGGACCAUAUUUGGGUCAUUGUAUCAUAUAGUACCUCCAGAUUAUCCUAUUAAUGAAGACAUUCAAGUGGUGGCUGGUUUGAGACAAGGUGAAGGGUGGAAUGAUCAAAUGUUAGAGCAAACAUUUCCUGAGGAGAUAGCUGAUCAUAUUAGGCACAAAAUACACUUUGAUAGCAGUGAUGAUUACUGGGAUAAGCCAUGGUGGAUGCCUACUGACUGA